AACAGGCGACAAAAGGAGAGAAGCUCCACAGCAAACUUUAACGUUAACUGGGUUAAGUUGUAGAGCUAAAGAGGAGAUACAACAUGGAAAUGGUGCAGGGUUUGCGAAACGUUAGAUUCGUUGCCUACCGAUACACGACUUAAAAUACAAGUUUAAUGCGAGAACAGCCUUAUUCAAUCAAGCUUGAUCGCAGCACUAGCUAGGUUAGCACUGCUAACGCGUCAUUAGUUAACGCUAGAUGACUGUUAUUGUGUAUUAACGGUAAGUUAGUUAACUGGGCCAAAUGAGCCGCGGUGAGACGCCGGAGAAGGAGCUAAAACUUCUAACUCAUCCAGAAACCAACAGUCCUAUGCGGUUGUGAUGUCUGAGAUGAGAGCAAGAAGUACAGAAGAUCUUAGCCAUAAAAUAGAGAACAAGAAACUAAAAACAUCAGAGGACUUGCUCAUCUUGAGUGAUGACCAGUCCAAGAACUCAACUCUUAAAAGCAGGGAUACCCAGGCUCUGGCCAUUCACCCAAAGGAUCUCAAUAAAAUUCAUAUACCAAAACCACCCAAGGGCCAUCAAAAAUCUGUGAUCACGGCCUGUGUGCGCAAGACACAGUCAGCUGAUGAAGCUGGAAAUGCUGUGCGAGGUCUGUUAGUUCAUCCAGUGAAUCUGGGCCCUGACUGUCAACCUCUGGACUACACAGGACCCGAAGGGCUUCGAUUUGAUGACCAUGGGAUGGUUCUGCCACACAGCAUCCUGGGCAGUCUGGAGGAUUUUAGAAGUUUCCUGGAGGUCAGAGGAGAGACAGAGUUGGUUAAGCGAAUACCAAAGUCCCAGAGAGACCCUCCAUCUGAGGUCCCAGGGAAACAUCAUUCUGAGGCUGUGGAUGAUAGGCAUGGGAUCACUUUAGGCCACAGAAACAUCCAGGGUAAUGCCCUGCAGCAUUGGCACACUCAUAUGAGGCAGCGCAGACGGCAGCAGGACCUCUUAUCUGGUUUGCUCCACAGGCCAGUGGAGAACUUACUGAUGAACCAAGCUAACCAUUUCAGAGAAACCCAGGAGCAAAGGGUGUUUCUAAACCAAGUCAUGCCACUCAUCCACUCUGGAUAUGGUUACCAUGUGGGCAGUGAGUUUUGGAGUCUCCCCCAGCGCUACGGAGAUGAAAUGAGCGGCAUCACAUCUACUCUGACUCAGACGGAGCAGGGCAGACGUGAACCUGUCACACAUGUAGGACAGCCGAGCAGCAUACGCCAGGAAUCAGGAAUCACUCGUGCUGAGAUUCUUCGUCCAGCCUCUCGGACUUGGGACCAGAGUACAUACCUGCAGCACCAAUACCAGGAGCUUGGAGAGGUUCUACGGGACAUGGACAUCAAAAAGCCGGACAUCAAUGGACUGGAGGUGAUUGGCUCAGGCAAGCCAUUCACUUCUGUCACGGUGUGUCAUAGUCCCUUACUGGAGAGAGAAGGAGAGGAGAAGAAGGAAAACCUUGAUCCACUGGCACAGUAUGAUGAUGUUCAAUCAAAUGCUCUGCUCAUUCCUGCCUUGAGGUUCUGCGGUCAGCUCGCUAGCUGGACUGGAAAUUCUCCCAGUAACCAGGGAGAGGUGGGAAUCAGUGCCACAAUAAUCUUCGAGGCCCUGACUGGAGAAAAAGCCUCGUCUCACCUGGAGCUGCACAACGAGGGCAGCACAGCCAUCUUCUUUAGCUGGCAGCAGCUUCCCCUGCCGCAUAGCUUUCCUAACCUGCGAUCACAAACAAAGAGUCAGCACUUCUACUUUGACUCCUCCUCUGGUGUGAUCCUUCCAGGUGACACCAAGCGGGUGGAGUUCAUAUUCAAGUCAGAGGGGCCAGGCAUCAAAACUGAACUGUGGCAGUUCAACACCCACCCUAUGUUGCUGCAGGGAGCCUCCAUGCAGGUCACAUUGAGGGGGUUGUCUCUGUACCAGGACAAAACCGCAGACCAGAGGCUAUUCAUAGAGCAGACGAAACUGGAAAAGAUAGUGAGGGUGAAAAUUUGCCGGUCAAUUGUGUAUGAGGUGCUGCAGGGGAUCCACACUCCAGAGAGACCCAGCUCUCCUGCAGAGAUUCAUAUCACUGAAGAGCAGAAGUUUCGAAGCAGAAACCCCAAGUACCUUGAUGAGCCAGUGGAGGACCUAAAGAGACUGUGGCAAGAAGUGAGUCCAGGACGCUCCUGGAAUCUCUCGAUCGACACUCUCCGACAGGUUGUGCUGUCUCUUCCUGAGGAAGAGUCAUCUCAGGACGCCCUCACCAGAGAAAAGAGCUUGGUCCAACUCAACUGUCUGCUUCUGAAACUUUCCGAGCCUUUGCCUGAACACCACCAUCUAACAGCAGCAGUUAUAGGGCAGCAGCUGUGGAGGAAACUGCUGGACACGAUGGCUGGUGAGGCCAUGCAGCUCAGACAUCUGCUGAGCCUCCCAGAGAGAGACACAUGGGUCCAUAAAAAGGAUGAACCCCUAAUCUCUGACUCUGAUUUGACUGAUAACAUAAACAAAGAUAAGAGUGAGAAAAGGGGAGGUGCAUCUGCGAAGGAGGAGAGGAGUGGGGGCAGAUCCAGAGGUAACGAUGACAACAAAGGAGAAUCCAAGUCAGUAACAUCUGAAAAGUCGGCGGAGUCGAGCAAAAAGAGAGAAAAGAAAAAAAAGGAUGAAAUGAGGAAGCGCAGUAGGGAAAAGCAAGAGAAGGAGUCAGCCCCGGUGACUGAUACUGGCCCAGAGAGCGUCAGUCAACAACCCCCUGAUGACCAAAAUGUGGAGCUGGAGGUGAUGGACAUUUACACAAGGCUCCUGCACCAAAAGGUUUAUGCUCUGAUGGAGGACCUGGUGGAUACCCUGUGUGACCUGAUGGAUGAGCUUAAUGAGGGAGAUGAACAUGACACACACACAAACACUGAUAUGCUCUUUUACACAUGACAGCCACUGAAUAUAUAAGACACCGAUAAUAAUAAAACAUGCCACAUAGGAGUCCUGUAUUUCUCUUUUUAACCGUGUUGUAAAAUCAAUAAAACUUUCUGUCUGCUCCUGGCUCAGUGGA